AUGGCUGCCGACGAAGCCCGCGAGGCCAAGGUGGACAAUGCCGUCGCCGCGGCCCAAAACCCCCAGAGCACCGUCACCUCCGACGAUGCUCAGCGCAAGAUGGUCGCCGAGGCUCGCAACUCCGGAAUCCCUGCCUUUUCCUUUGAUCCCGAUGCCAGUCCGGAGCAGAAGCGUGCUCAGGCCAGAGCUGCCAUUCCCGCAGAGCUCCGCCAAUCACGCCCCGAAAGGUCCGUUGCCGUCGUCACUGACAUGGAUGAUGGUACCGGCCCCGUCGAAGAUUUGCCAGAACCCUCCAAAGCAGGCGUCCUCGAUGUCGCCAGAGACGCCAGCGGCAAGCCACUUGGCCUUGGUGCCGACCCUGGCGCCGCAGAGCCUCUGUAUAUGCGCACCGGCUGGGCUCCUAAGAUGGGCUGGCCCUCGCAGAAGACGUUCGAGGCUGAAAGCUUGCUGGACCACUCUACCUGGCUUGAAGGCAGACUCCCCGAUACGCUCUACGGAGACUGGUACCACAAUACCGCCAUUGUCAUCGUCGCCUGUAUCACUUCCUGGCUAAUUGCUGUCCUCGGGGGUGGCCUCGGCUGGGUACUUAUCGUCAUGGCCACGUGUGCCACCUAUUACCGUACCUCCUUACGCCGCGUCCGCCGCAACUUUCGCGACGACAUUAGCCGCGAAAUGGCUCUCAAGAAGCUCGAGACUGACAACGAAUCUCUCGAGUGGAUCAACUCCUUCAUGGUCAAGUUCUGGCCCAUCUACCAACCCGUCCUCGCUCAGACCAUCAUCAACUCCGUCGACCAGGUCCUUAGCUCAUCUACCCCUGCUUUCCUCGACAGUCUCAAGCUCAAGACCUUCACCCUCGGCUCCAAGCCUCCGCGCAUGGAACACGUCAAGACUUACCCUAAGACUGAGGACGAUAUCGUCAUGAUGGACUGGAAGUUCAGCUUCACCCCCAACGACACCGCCGAUCUUACCUCCCGCCAGAUCAAGAACAAGAUCAACCCCAAGAUUGUUCUCGAAAUCCGUAUCGGAAAGGCCAUGAUUAGCAAGGGCUUGGACGUCAUUGUCGAGGAUAUGGCCUUUUCCGGCAUCAUGCGCCUCAAGAUCAAGCUACAGAUUCCUUUCCCUCACAUUGACCGUGUUGAAAUGUGCUUCCUUGGUCGUCCUGAAAUCGACUACGUUUGCAAGCCGCUUGGUGGAGAGACGUUUGGCUUCGACAUCAAUUUCAUUCCCGGUCUCGAAAGCUUCAUCCUUGAGCAGAUCCAUGGCACUCUUGGUCCUAUGAUGUACGAUCCCAAGGUCUUCCCCAUUGAAGUCGCUAAGAUGCUCGCCGGUACUCCCGUUGAUCAAGCUGUUGGUGUCUUGGCUGUCACCCUCCACGGCGCCCAGGGUCUCAAGAACACGGACAAACUCGGUGGCAGCGUCGAUCCCUACGCAGUCAUCACCUUCAACCGUCGCCAGGAACUCGCCAGGACCAAGACCGUCCAAGACAACGCCAAUCCACGCUGGAACGAGACGCACUACCUCAUUGUCACGUCUUUCUCCGACUCUCUUGAUAUCCAAGUCUUCGACAAGAACGACUUCCGCAAAUCCAAGGAACUUGGUGUCGCUACCUUUGCCAUGGAAAACCUCGAGGAGCUCAACAUCCAAGAGAAUGAGCGCAUCGAGGUUCUCGCUGACGGCAAGGCACGCGGUGUUGUCAACUGCGAUUUGCGCUUCUUCCCGAUUCUCGCUGAGAAGAAGCUCGAGGAUGGCACCAUUGAGCCCGCUCCGGAAUCUAACCAGGGAAUUCUCCGCUUCACUGUCGAACAAGCCAAAGAUCUUGACGGCACCAAGAGUCUUGUCGGUAGCCUCAGCCCCUACGCUGAUUUGCUACUCAAUGGCAAACCUGUUCACCAAACCAAGAAGCUCAAGCGCACCAACAACCCCAUCUGGGAUAACGGCUCCAAGGAAAUCCUCAUUACCGACCGCAAGUCUGCCAAGCUCGGUGUCAUCAUCAAGGAUGACCGUGAACUCGCCGGGGACCAAGUCGUCGGCAAGUACCAGAUUAAGCUCGACGAAAUGCUCGAUUGUAUGGCUCAGGGCAAGGAGUGGUACAGCCUAGCGGGCGUCUCCACUGGUCGCGUCAAGAUGAUGGCUCAGUGGCGACCUGUCGCCAUUUCUGGCGUUGCUGGAACCGGCGGCUACCAGACUCCCGUCGGUGUUAUGCGUCUGCACUUUAAACGGGCAAGCGACUUGCGCAACUUCGAAGCCUUCGGAAAAUCCGAUCCGUACGUACGCGUUCUGCUCUCUGGUAUCGACAAGGGAAAAACUGUUACCUUCAGAAACGACCUCAACCCUGAAUGGGACGAAGUCCUCUAUGUUCCUGUUCACUCCGAGCGCGAGAGGCUCACUCUUGAAGUUAUGGAUAUGGAGAAGGUUGGCAAGGAUAGGAGCCUAGGCCUGACUGAACUGGCUGUUGGUGACUUCAUGCAAUUGAACGAACUCGGCGAGUAUCUAGUGCACGAUAGGAAGGAUAACCGUGAGGGUGCUCUCCGUCUUCACGGCAAGGGUGUGCCCAAGGGAACGCUUCACUACACAGCCGCGUUUUACCCCUGCCUCAACAUUGCGGAUCCUAAAGAGGAAGAGGAAGAAAAGGAGACGGCCGAGAAGACCAACGGUGACGCCACGAAGGAAGUUGCCAAGGAUGCGGUAAAGGCGGCCGCAAACGGUACCACUGACAAAACGUCCACCGAAAAGGCUGCCAACGGUGCUACCGACAAGGCUGCUCCCGCUGCCGGACACACCAAGGGCAAACCAAGCGUUGACACAAGUAAAUCUGUCAAGUCUGCCAAGAGUCGCACAAGUCUUGAACAGAACGGUGACAAGGAGACUGGUCCUCCCAGGAUUCACAUGAGUCCCGAGCAGCUGCUCAGAGAAGAGAGUGGUCUGCUCAUCUUCCGCCUUCUCGAAGCGGAAGUGCCUGACACUCCAAGCCAUCUAGAGGUCUGGGUCGACGACUACAUGUACCCUGCGUACACUACCAACAGCACCUCAACCAAGAGCUACAAGUUUGAUGAGAUUGGGGACUGCGUCAUUCGUGAGCUCGACUUUUCCCGACUUACGCUCAAGGCUCGGAAGAAGGGCGAUGACAACGGCGACGUUCUGGCAUCUCUAACCGGCAACACGCUUGACACUCUGAAGCAGUGUCUCAACAACCCCACCAUUCUCAAGCUCAAGUCUGAAGAUGGCAGGACUGGUUCUGUCAAGGUCAGCCUUAAGUAUAUCCCUAUCAAGAUGAAUCUUGAUCCUAGCGAGAGCAUCAACAACAUGGGCAACCUUCGUGUUGACAUCUUGGAUGGUGUUGGUCUGCCUUCCGCUGACCGCAACGGCAAGAGCGAUCCUUACUGCCGAUUUGAGCUCAAUGGGCAAGAUGUCUUCAAGACCAAAAUUAUCAAAAAGACGCUCAACCCUACAUGGAACGAGAACUUUGAGGUGCCUGUUCCUUCGCGAACAGCUGCCAAGUUCAAGUGCACUGUUUGGGAUUAUGAUUUUGCUGAUUCGCCUGACCUUCUCGGUGCCACAGACAUUAGCUUGGCCCAGCUGGAGCCUUUUAAAGCCUACGAGACUCAGUACCCUCUCGACGGCAAGUCUGGUAGUGUACGAAUCAGAAUGCUCUUCCGCCCAGACUACGUCACCCGCCAAAGACAUGGUACCUCGUCAUUUGCAGGCACAUUCGGAGCCCCCACUCGUAUUGUUACUGGCGUUGCCGGUGCUCCCAUCAAGGGCGGCGUCGCGGUUGCUGGAGCUGUCGGCCAUGGUGUUGGAAAAGGUGCCUCCUUUGUGCGACGUGGUAUCUUUGGAAAGAAGGAUAGCAACGGCACUGUUGUCGAGGUCGCCGAGCCUGUUGACGUCGCCGAACCUGGUGGUCUCAGGAAAGCACCUACACUGGAUACGGCUGCUCGAAGGGAUUUGACACCUACUCCCGGAGGCAACCCAUCGCUGCCCAUCCCGUCAAUUGAGACUCCCAGCCCUUCGCACAGGCGCGCUUCUAGCAUUGGCGCUGCUUCUAUCCAGAGCGGCAUGCCUGGUGCGCCGAGCGGGAGCGCCGUUUUCACAAUUGUCAGCGCCUCUGGCUUCCCUGGCUCUACCGAUCUAUACAUCGCCAUCUCGCAGGUUGCUCCAAAGGAGAAGACGGUAGGCAAGACGAAGCACUUCAAGUCUUCCACGGGCGAAUGGUCAUUCGACGAGGAUUUGAGGUUCAACUGCGCUGCCGAUUCUCAGUUCAAAGUUGAGGUCAAGGGCAACCACACCUUUGGCAGCGACGACGCUCUGGGGGAUCACCCAUACUUUGUGGACGAGACGGGCGCAGGUCCCAAGGAGCUUACGAUUGGUGGCGGCACCGUCGUGAUCAGGAGUACGUUCCAGGCCGCUGACUCUGCUAGCAUCAGAGACAGCCCGCGUUCGACUAGCAUCCGCAGAAGCAUGCUCUUGAAGCGAGGCGAGUCAUCACGCGUCAGCCGGGAGACGACGCCAAACCCGUGA